GGACAAAAAAACAAGGGAUGGAAUCAUUGAAAUUUAAAAUCCUUCACCUCUGAGACUCUAGAAGCCCCUCAUCAUUGUGUGGAGUUCCCUUGAUAAAAUAUUUAUUUUUAAAGAUACCUGGAAGAAAUGGUGCUUUUUACACUGAAUUUGUUAGCCAUUUGGAUUGCAAGCUCUGCAGGAAAAUGCAUUCCCAAUAAAGCAGAUGUGGUUAUUGUCCACUGUUAUCCCAGAUCUAUUGUGGCUAAAAUUCCUGAGUGUCCUUAUGGCUGGGAGAUUAACCAGUUGGCUUUAGGAGGGGUCUGUUAUAAUGGGGUUAUUGAAUCCGGCUAUUACCAAUUCACUAUUCCUGAUUUAUCUCCAAGGAAUAAGUCAUACUGUGCGACACAGUCUGAUUUCAAGAAUCCAAUCUACCAUUUUUACAACUCAAUAGUGUCCAACGACAGCACCCUUAUCGUUAAAAGCCAGCCGGUGAAUUAUUCUUUCACCUGCACUUACCAGUCCAACUACCUGGUUAGCCAUGCCGCCUUUGACCAAAGAGUAGCCACAGUACACGUGAAGAAUGGGAGCUCAGGAUCAUUUGAAAGUCAACUCUCUCUCAAUUUCUACUCUAACGCAAAGUUCUCUAGCCAAAAGGAGGCUCCAUUUGUGGUGGAGACGUCGGACAUCGGGUCGGAUGUAUUUGCUGGAGUAGAAGCUAAAGGACUAAGCAGCAGGUUCAAGGUGGUGCUGAACUAUUGCUGGGCAACGCCGUCCCCGGAUUACGCCUAUCACAUCCAGUGGCAGCUAAUCAGUAAAGGGUGCGCGUCGGAUGACACGGUUCUGGUGCACGAGAACGGGAAGAACAGCCGGGCUACAUUUCAGUUUAACGCCUUCCGUUUUCAGAACGUCCCAAAGUUAUCCAAAGUCUGGCUGCACUGCGAGACCUACCUGUGCGACAGCGAGAAGUUCUCCUGCCCCGUCAUAUGUGGGAAACGAAAGCAACAAAAAGAACAGACGGGCGGCGUCCUGGUGGCGGAAUUUGUUGUCCGCAGUUCUGGAUCCCUGAGGCUUCCCGAUCUUGCAGUUGUGGUGUACCACCUGCUCCUGACUGUGGGGGUCUGCAGGAUGCUCUCCUAAGACUCAACAACCUCAGAGGAACCCCGUCAGACACAUGGACAUGAAUGGUCCACUCUAUUACAAUCAUGAACCUGCCCUCAGGAAAGUGGCUUCUUCAGAUGUGCCUCAGACCAGAUUUCAUGGCACCGUUCCUGUACACAGCCUGAGACUGGAACAUGUUCUAGACCAAACAUUAUCUAUGAGACGGAACCUUCAGAUCCUUAUUAUGUUCUGAGUCUUCUCCUAUCUCUUUCACAAU